AUGGAGCGCGAGGUGCCUGGCUGCGGGCAUCACUGCAAGUGUUGCACGGUUCGGCCAGCUGUGUGCAGACGACCACGGCAGCGAUUGCCCAGGAACGUGUGUGGACGAGAGACUGUUGCCCUCAUGACAAACAUCCAACAUUCACCUGCUCGGAAUGCGUGUGGCAACACCGAAUUAUGUCACAUAAUGUUUCGUGGUAAGGGGACCGGAUGUACUCCUACUCGCAAUGAAUGGAGCAUGUUACAGCGGGCUCUGUCCAGACUUGAUAUGAUCCAAGACUGCCUAUGGAAAGUUCCUCAAAAAACGACGACGACGAAGAAGACCACUCCCGCAACAACUACCACUCUCAAGGUCACUACUACAUCAACUGUGACUUCCACAAAACCAACCACUCAAACUUCCGUUAAACCCACCACUCAGACUUCCUCUGCUUCAAGUAUUAAGACUUCAACUUCAAGUUCCACCCAAUCAACCAUUUCAUCCUCCACCCAGUCAACCACUUCAGCUGCCACCGAGUCGAGCACCCCGAUCUCCACUUUAGAGUCCACCCAGUCAACCACUUCAGCUGCCACCGAGUCAAGUACUCCGAUCUCCACUUUAGACUCCACCCAGUCAACCACUUCAACUGCUACCGAGUCAAGCAUUCCGACCUCCACUUCACAAAGUCCUCCAAUCAGUGAUCCAGGAAUUAUCAUUGCAGUGUCAGGUGACACUGAAGACCAAGAAACUGAAUUCAGUCCAGAAGAGACUGAAACUGAAUUCAGUCCAGAAGAGACUGAAACUGAAUUCGGUCCAGAAGAGACUGAAAAUGAAUUCAAUCCAGAAGAGACGGAAACUGAAUUCAGCCCAGAAGAGACGGAAACUGAAUUCAGUCCAGAAGAGACUGAAACUGAAUUCAGUCCAGAAGAGACUGAAACUGAAUUCAAUCCAGAAGAGGCGGAAACUGAAUUCAGCCCAGAAGAGACGGAAACUGAAUUCAGUCCAGAAGAGACGGAAACUGAAUUCAGUCCAGAAGGGACGGAAACUGAAUUCAAUUCAGAAGAAACUAAAGAAUCCGUACCCACCAGCAAUACACCAAGCCACACCUCCAGUAAACAGCCAUUGUCCGCCAAUACUGCUUCAAGCCACACCUGGAGUGAUAUAUCCAACAACACUUCCCUUUACUCAACUACAGAAAACUGGGAAGGGAUUUCUUCUGAAUCUUGGGCCAAUAGUACUUCAGUUGACAGUCUUCCUGAAUCUACAAUCGAUGCUUCCAUUGAAAUAAACACAGAUACAUCUAAUGAAUCAUCUACGGAAAGUUCAUUUGAAUUCAUAACGAGUACCAAUGAAUCAGCCAUUGAAAACAGCACUGUAUCCAAAACUACUGCUCCCACCGAAUCAACUACUGAAAUGCCCAUUACAUUAGAUAACGUAACUUUCGCUGAAACAAUUGGCACUAUUCCUGAGUCAACUGCAGAAAAUUUUAUUAGUUCAACUACCCAGGUUGGUGAUCAAUCAAACGUUAAUAUUUCAACUCGUACAACUAGUAAAAGUGAAUCAACUGCAGCCCAUUCCAUAUCACCAAGCCAAAUUUCCAUUGGAUCCAUCACUACACUGAGUUCCAUUGGCACUUCUAAUAAGGGUUCUACUGUAAUAGAUACAGUGAGCUCAGUCGGAACGCCUAGUCAAGUUCCCACAAUUGCAACUGGUAAGAGCUCCAAUUUAACUCCAAGUAACGGUUUCACUAGAACAACAAGUAUAUACUCCACUGAAACAAGUAAUAAGGAUUCCACUGGCAUAACAAGUAAAGACUUUACUAGUACAACAAAGGAAAGUUCCACUGCAACAACUAGUAAGGCUUUCACUGGCACAACUGGUAAGGAUGCCUCGACUACAGGUAGCAAAGCUUCCAGCGUUACAGCUACUAUAGAUUCUCAUGAAACAAGUAGUAAAGGUUUCACUGAAACAACCGGUAAGAGCUCCAGCGAAACAACCAGUAAAACUAGUGAGGGCUCCAAUAGAACAACUAAGGAAUCUACUGGUGCAACAAGCACAGGUUUCACUGUUACAGCAGAUAAAAGUUCCACUGGAACAACUGUCAAGGAUUCCACUUUUAUAACUAGUGAGACUUCCAUUAAUACAAGCAACAAACUUUCUACCAGCACACCCAGUAAGGGAUCCACUGAAACACUUAAUGAGGGCUCCACUAAGACAACUAGUAAGGGUUUCACUAGCACAAUUAGUGAGAGUUCUACUGAAACAAUUAAAGAUUCCACCGGUACAUCUAGUAAAGUUUUCACUGAAACAACUUCAUCAACUGGCAAAGGUUCCAUUAGUACAACUAAUCAGGCAUUCGCUGGAACAACAAGUAAAGCUUCUAUUGGCAUAAGUAAUGGUUCCACUAUCACAAAUAAGGAUUCCACUGAAACAACUGGUGAAAGUUCCACUGAAACAACAAGUGAGGGUUCCACUGAAAAAGGCAAUGAGGAUUCCACAGAAACAGUCAGUGAGGGUUCCACUGAAACAGCCAGUGAGGGUUCCACUGAAACAGUCAGUGAGGGGUCCACUGAAACAGCCAGUGAGGGGUCCACUGAAACAACUGGUGAAAGUUCCACUGAAACAACAAGUGAGGGUUCCACUGAAAAAGGCAAUGAGGAUUCCACUGAAACAGGCAGUGAGGGUUCCACUGAAACAGCCAGUGAGGGUUCCACUGAAACAGUCAGUGAGGGGUCCACUGAAACAGCCAGUGAGGGGUCCACUGAAACUGCCACUGAGGGGUCCACUGAAACAGCCAGUGAGGGGUCCACUGAAACAGCCACUGAGGGGUCCACUGAAACAGCCACUGAGGGGUCCACUGAAACAACCAGUCAGGAUUCCACUGAAACAGCCACUGAGGGUUCCACUGAAACAGCCAGUGAGGGGUCCACUGAAACAGCCACUGAGGGGUCCACUGAAACAGCCAGUCAGGAUUCCACUCCAGAAAGUGCUGAGGGUUCCACUGAAACAAGUAGUGAGGACUCCACUACCACAGCCAGUGAGGGUUCCACUGGAACAAUCACUGAGGAUUCUACUGUAACAACCACUGAGGAUGCCACUGGAAUAACCAGUGAAGGUUCCAUUGAAACAAGUAGUGAGGAUUCCACUGGAAAAGAUAGUGCGAGUUCCACUGGAACAGGUAGUGGGGGUUCCACUGGAAUAGGUAAUGAGGGUUCCAUUGAAACAAGCACUGAAGGUUUCACUGGAACAACUGGUGAGGAUUCCACUGGAACAAUCAAUGAAGAUUUCACUGAAACAAGUAGUGAGGAUUCAACUGGAGCAGCCAGUGAGGAUUUCACUGUCACAACCAGUGAGAGUUCCAGUGAAAAAAACAGUGAAGGUUCCAGUGGAACAGCCAGUGAGGGUUCCACCGUCACAAACAGUGAGGGGUCCACUGGAAUAGCCAGUGAGAGUUCCACUGGAAUAGCCAGUGAGAGCUCCACUGGAACAGCCAUUGAGGGUGACACUGGAACAGUCAGUGAGGGUUCCACUGUCACAACCAGUGAGGGUUCCACUGGAGUAGCCAGUGAGGCUUCCACUGAAACAGCCAGUUAGAAUUCCACUGGAAAUGCUAGUAAGGAUACCACAGGAA